AUGCCAAUGGGCUCCAUCUUCCUUCUACAUCAUCAGAGAGUGAUCACCGGUGACAGCAUCCCAGUACGCAACCGCCCCUUCGUCGGGAGCAGCAGCGCAAUCCGACAGCAGUCUACCCGACUGGAAGCCGGGAAGAGAAAACAGCCACCGAAUAACAACCGCUUCGCACCACUUGUGACUGAGGACGAAGAGGACGAAGAGGACGACGCUGCCCCUGACGCCGAGGCUCUCAUCGCGGAAGCGCAGGACCAGCUUAACACUCGUGCCAGCAUCCUUCGCGCAUACACACAAGCAAUUGCGAAAUGCGACGAACAAUUCUCCUCUGGAUAUGGAAAACACUUCGCACACCGUCUCAGAACAACCCUCCUCCAGCACUGGAAAGCCGCCUGCCACGGCGGGCCAUCGCCAACCCCUGCCGACAAUGUCACCCCCAACAACAAAGCAAGCGCCUCGCGCGCAACACCGCCCGAGAAAGAAAUAUCAUUCGCAGGCGUUGCACGCGCCGCACAUGAGAUCAAGCCCGGCAAUCGUAUAAUCACGCCUCAGGACACCCCGAAACGCAGACAGCAAACACCAAGGAAUGAGAAGAGGAUCCUCAUCCGCCUCCGAGAAGACUCAGAAUUCUUUGACAAGGGACUGCAAAUCCAACUGGCGAUUCGCGACAAACUACAUCUACAGCUAGCUGACCUCCCCGACAUGAAAGAGACCAACACCGGAUUUGCACUUACCCCUCGCACCAGUGAAAUCCAACAGAAAAUCCUUCAGCAACAGCAGCUUUGGGGGCCCCUCGUUGGGCUUGAAAUCGCGGAAAAGGACAUUAAAUGGUAUACCUACCUUGUCAAGAACUUCCCACGUACCAUCCCUUCGUAUGAUGGCACGGAGCUAGACUACAAACUGACAGUCGAGGAAGCCAUCAAGCAACAGACAGGACUUCACCCUGUCCAAUGGAGAUGUACCGAUACAGACAGCCCGACAACAACGCUCGUUAUCCACUUUGACCAACUUCUCAAGAACCGCUUUCGCCUCCUGAACUACGGCGACCUCUCUGUCUACCGUCCGGGAUCGCGGCGACUCACCCUAUGUGAAACGUGUUGGCUAUACCACCCGCCCACACGCUGCCAGAAACAAAUGGUUUGUGGCAACUGCAACAGCCCCAGCCAUAGCCUAGAUGGCUGUACAGCCUCUCCUAGAUGUGUGGGUUGCUCUGGCCCGCACGCCGCAGGAUCCCCAGACUGUUUUGCCCGCCCUAAGCCCACUACGGAUGGUCAACGAGCACUCUCUAAGACGGAACGCAAAUACGCUAUGCAGCAAGGCAAAUUUGCAUACGAACGUUGGGAACGCUCCCAACCGUUGGCGAAAGCCGCCGAGACCACACAGGCCAUCACAAUAGACCAGGAUACGCCCAAUGCCAAGAUGACCGAAGAUGGAAACCCCGUGCUCAACGCCACGGAGGCAGAACACAAUGUUCAUCAGGAAGACAAUAUAGGCAACCUCGAUGAUCCAGAGCUCUCGGAAGAGAAUAUGGACACCGAAGAAGAAGCUGAGGAGAAGGAAAGAGAGGGAGAAAUUGGGGAAGUUGAAGACGAGGUUGACGAGGACGCAGAGGAAAGCACCCCACUUCCUCCACUUCCCCUGCCACGCAAUCAACCCGCCCAGCGUAAUACCACGAGCCAGGCCCCAGCAACUAGAACAGCGUCAGCUGCCACAGCAAAGCAGUUGACAAUCAAGGCAUCCGCGAACGUCGACAAGAGCGAAGCUGCACACCAAGCAGCCCUUCAGCUAGCAUACGAAAAAGACUACAACGUGGUUCUACUCCAGGAACCACACUCCUCCUACAACGGCAAACGGGACCAUUGCCGAGCACCAGAUCACCCCGGAUUCCUAUGCUUUUCCCCCGUCUCGUAUUGGAACUCUGCAGCAACACGCCCACGGGUGCUCACCUACGUUCGAAAACAUCGUAAUAUACACCCUGAACAACUCACAGUAUUCCAAAGCCGCGACCUACUAUGGGUGGUGAUAAACGGCACUACUAUCCUAAACGUUUAUAACGAUCCUCAAGUCACCGAAACUAUCACGGCCAUCACACAAUGGAACGUCCCUAUGAACACCAUCGUCGCUGGGGACAUGAAUGCCCAUCACCUCCACUGGAGAACAGACCGACCGAGCUCAAGAUGCGGCACAAAACUCGCUGAAUGGGCAGAAGAGCAAGCAUUCUCCAAUAUCGAUCAAGCCGCCGCAGUAGUGGAAGAGUAUCUGACAACAGGCUCCCUACACUACACCGUGUGCAUCGAAGUACUAGCUGCAGAGGCCCCCCCGCGGGUUAUCAGCAGAUACAAAGUCUCCUUGGGCGAAGAGAUGGAACAUUUUGUCACCCAUGUUAAAACAGCAUUCGCCCUGCUCCACCCGUCACUUGAUAGCCAUGAGAACAUCGAACAAACAACAUCUGCACUCUCGAACAUUAUCGAGAGGGCGAUCCGCACCUGUGGCCAUCGCCAAAAUAACCACAAGGCUGGCAAGAAUCCCUGGUGGAACGAAGAAUGCGCGAAUUCGCUGCUAGACUUCCGAGUGCUCUGGCGUACGACCGAGAACCCUACGGGCGAGGAGACACAGCGCGCGCGCGUCUGCUUCAAACGAACGGUUCGUCGUGUCCAGCGGGACUUCUGGCGCGAAAUCAUCGCAAACAUAACAGCGCCAGACGACGUGUACAAGGUCACACGCUGGCUCAAACCUCGGCAGCGGAUCUCCCCGCCUCCGAUUCAGGUCGACGGGCAGAUCUUCUCAUCCAACAAGGAUAAAGCUCGAGCCCUAGGCCAGGCAAAACUUACACGGCGUACAGCAAACGAUGAUAUUGCAGACCCGUGGUCUCUAACCGUGACACCAGAAACCACAAUCUCAUUUGACCGUAAGAUCUCCUACGAGGAAGCCCGUUUUGGGCUCCUCAGUGCCGGGAACACCUCGCCCGGCGCCGAUGGGAUAACGGUGGACAUGCUCCGGAAUCUCUGGCCGACAAUAGGGCAUCUCGUAACACGGAUCUACAACGCGUGCCUACAGCAGGGCUACUGCCCGAACGCAUGGCGCACAGCCGAGGUGGUCAUGAUACCAAAACCGAACAAACGCAACCUCACAGACCCGUCGGCAUGGCGACCGAUUUCUUUGCUUUCCUGCUUAGGCAAGGGUAUGGAACGCCUCAUCGCUAAACGAAUGUCUCACCUAGCCAUCAAGCACAAGAUACUACACCCGAACCAAGCGGGUGCUCUGCCCCAGCGGAGUGCCACCGACAUCGCUGCUGCGCUAACACAUGACGUGGAGCAAGCACGACGGGGAAAGAAGAAGAAGAAAGUCGCCACUCUCGUGACAAUGGAUGUAGAGGGAGCUUUUGAUGCUAUUCUGCGAAAUAGGCUCAUACUCCAGCUACGCAAGCAAGGCUGGCCGGAUUUCCUUGUCCGCUGGCUUGCGAUGUUCCUCACACACCGACUAGCGAGCGUCCGCUUUGAGGACGCUAUCGCGGAAACAUUAGAACUUCUGUGCGGCAUCCCGCAAGGCUCCCCACUCUCGCCGAUACUCUACCUACUGGCAACAGCAGCGCUCUACGCGCUCCCUGGCGCUACGCAGCGAUACGGCUACGCUGACGACACCGCUAUGCUCUUCGUUGGAGAUACGCUGGACGAGACUACCGCCCAAGCGAACGCCGCAAUUACUGUAAUGGAGGAAUGGGGCAGGAGAGAAGGCUUCGCCUUUGACGCCAAAAAGACGGAAGUGAUGCAUUUUGAAGCUGGCAUCCCACCAGCAGGAGUGCUCCUUGAGCAGCUUGCGAUGCGCAAUGCGAACCGCUGGGCACGUCUUGACGUCCACCAUCCGCUUGUCCACCGUAUCCUGCAGCAAGAGCAUGAGAUCCAGCACGCCACACAUCCUGAUGCGGCCACGACACGGCGAACAGCGAUGAAAAGCGCCAGGCUCUUCCGCAACGCCGCCCUGGCACCAGCGGCAGAGCGACCACGUCUGAUUCCCAAGCGUUUCUCCAGCGCUAUCUGGACAGAAGACAAGGAACAUCGCCCAACAAAGGAACGCCAGGCGGAAAGAAUCCGGAAAUGGAGCCAGACCCAGACGAGCAUGGUCGUCUAUAGCGAUGGCUCCAAGACAGAAAGAGAUAUGGCAGGCUUUGGAUAUGCUGUCUACCGUCGGCAGCAGCUCAUCACACAAGGUUGCGGCCAGAUUGGCAAGGGCGAAGUGUUUGACGCAGAGAUCAAAGGCGCGGUGGAAGGUCUCCGCGCUGCUCUCGCGCACCAGCGCCCAAGGGAAGGGAUCACAAUUUGUAUCGACAACACCUCUGUGAUUGACUGCAUUGGUACGACGGCACCGUCAUCGUCACAGAUGGCUUUCCGCCAGCUCCAAAAGACAGGUGACGCCCACCCAGGUAUGAUCCACGUGCGAUGGUGCCCAGGGCACACUGGAAUCGAAGGCAACGAGCUGGCCGACCAGCUCGCCAAGGAAGGCGCGAAAAUGCCAGUAGGAGAUAACCUCCUGACGGUCUCCUACUGCAAGCGCCGAAUGCAAAGCUUCCUCCCCAUGGCUUUCCAGCGAUGGUGGAACACAGUUGACCGCGAGAGCUACCACGGACUCCAACUGAAAGCUGAACUGAAGAAGCUUCCCGAGCUGACACUUCAACGACGGCAGCUAGGAUAUCUCCUAGCUGCGAGGACACACCACGGAGACUUCGCCGACUACCACGAGCGCUUCAAUCAUGACGACGCUAAAGAUCCCGCGCAGCCUCAGGCCUCGGCUGACCCCCGAGCCUGA